AUUGGAGGCUUGCCUGGCGCACAGAGCUAUAUCACAGCGCUAACAGGCAGCUCGGAGCGUCAUUUGAACUCUAGUCACUGACAGACGCGUCUCACUGCUGGGCUGCAGGAAGACACACAUGCACCAGUCCUCGACGACGGGACACGCCGACGACCCACGCGCACCCAGUGGUCCCCAGUCACCUGCUAUUGGGGAGACUUUUGGCUUUUCCUCAGCUGGGACACGCUUUGUAGAAAGUCCUCCAUGAUGCUUGGAGCAGUUAAAAUGGAAGGACACGAACACACCGACUGGAGCACCUACUACGCAGAGCCCGAGUGUUACACCGCGGUUGGAAACAUGAACACAGGCCUGGGAAUGAAUUCUAUGAACACAUACAUGAGCAUGCCCGGCAUGAGCACCAGCGCCAACAUGACGGCCAACUCCAUGAACAUGUCCUACGUCAACACGGGCAUGAGUCCCUCCAUGACCGGCAUGUCGCCCGGCACCGGAGCCAUGAACGGCAUGGGCGCGGGCAUGACGGCCAUGAGCGCAGCGCUGAGCCCGAGCAUGAGCCCCAUGACCGCGCAGCCCGCGUCCAUGAACGCGCUGACAUCCUACAACACCAUGAACGCCAUGAGCCCCAUUUACGGACAGUCGAACAUCAACAGGUCCAGAGACCCAAAGACCUACCGCAGGAGCUACACACACGCCAAACCCCCGUACUCCUACAUCUCCCUCAUCACCAUGGCCAUCCAGCAGUCUCCCAGUAAGAUGCUGACACUGGCCGAGAUCUACCAGUGGAUAAUGGACCUCUUCCCUUUUUACCGUCAGAACCAGCAGCGCUGGCAGAACUCCAUUCGCCACUCUUUGUCCUUCAAUGACUGUUUCGUCAAAGUGCCCAGGUCGCCGGAUAAACCCGGCAAAGGCUCCUUUUGGACUCUGCACCCGGACUCCGGGAACAUGUUCGAGAACGGCUGCUACCUGAGGAGGCAGAAGCGCUUCAAGUGCGACAAGAAGAUGGUGAAGGAGGGCGGACGCAGCAAGGGGGGAGACGGCGGCUCCUCCAACAGCAGCUCCGAGAGCUGCAACGGCAACGAGUCCCCGCACUCCAACCACUCCUCCAGCGACCACAAGCGCUCUCUGUCGGACAUGAAGACGAGCCAGGCGCUGAGCCCGGAGCACGCUGCUGCUGCUGCUGCUGCAGCCGCCGCCGCUGCCGCCGCCGCCUCGCCGGUGUCGCAGGGGCAGCACCUCAUGUCGCAGCAUCACUCGGUCCUUGCGCACGACGCGCACCUGAAGCCGGAGCACCACUACUCCUUUAACCACCCUUUCUCCAUUAAUAACCUCAUGUCGUCGGAACAGCAGCAUCACAAAAUGGACCUUAAGACUUACGAGCAGGUGAUGCAUUACUCCGGCUACGGCUCCCCGAUGGCCGGGGCUUUUUCCAUGGGCUCCAUGGCGGGGAAAGCCGCUCUGGAUUCCUCAUCCAUACCUGACUCAUCUUACUACCAAGGCGUGUAUUCCAGGCCGAUCAUGAACUCCACAUAAACUGACCCAGAUGUGGAUUUUCCUGCCCUUUCAAUUUGUACAUUUGUAUAAAAAAAAACAAAAAUAUAGAGUUUGUGUACAAUAUGUAUUUCAGAUAUUUUUUUGAUGUUUCCCACCGUUUUUAGUUGUCGAGUUUGUUAGUAGCUUAAUUAUUUUUCAGAAAGGGUUGUUGAUGAUAAUGAUGAUAAUGAUGAUGAUGAUGAUGAUGAUGAUGAUAAUAAUUAAAGACAAAAAAAUGAUAAUGAUGAUAAUGUGACGAGAUCUGUUCAGAGGUCAGGCUUCAGGAAUGGACCCAAAGACAAACAGAAAACUUGCUGUAAAAAUAAAUAGCCUCCAUCUGCAUAUCAAGGAUUCCGACAUGAAUUUAAAUGAUGCCUCGCAGGAUUUCUUCAAUCAUUUGUGUGAUUCCUAUUUAUGGCUUGUAUAUGUGUAUUCUUGUAGUGACAAGAACAGAAUCUAUAUUAAAGUGUUAUUGGUUUUGUUUCCUGAA